CUCGUCGACGACGAGAUGUUAUCACGCCGUCUCGCGCCGAUCUUGAUCCUCGCGACGAUCCUCACCGAAUUAACGACGAGCGGCUGUGGUGAGAGGAUGAGCGGACUUUACGUUGAUAAUGGUUUUGAUCAGACGAUCGUACACAGGGUCGUUAGCCAGAGAGAAAAACGCGAAGUUGAGCACGAGAUAUUAAAUCUGCUCGGAUUACCUGAUAGACCAAGGAACACAGCAGCAAGGCCACCUCAAAUCAAGAGAUCUGCACCAAAAUUUCUUCUCGACAUUUACAAGAAUGCACUUGGCGAAGAUGAGGACGACAGCCAAGGAUCGAUCGCCGAUCAACAGCAUAGAGCUGGAGGAGAGUUCGAUCUUACUGGUCAAGAUCUCAGGGCCAUCGACCAGAGCGACGUCAUCAUGACCUUUGCUGCGCACAAUCAUCACGUUCCUGGCGUGAGACACGAGCGCGGAAAAAGACUUUGGUUCGAUGUCUCGGAUGUUCCACCCGAAGAACACAUAAUCGGAGCUGAAUUAAGACUUUAUCAAAGCAUAGACGCGAAAAGUCGAAGAAAUUAUGAAUCUUACAUGAUUACGGCAUAUCAAGUUCUAAGAAGUGAAGAUGGAUCACGGGAAUUGCAAUAUGUUGACGCGAUAAACACCACAGUAGAAAAAGAAGGAUGGUUGACAUUAAACGUUAGCAAACCUCUUUCACAUUGGGUGAAUAACCCCAAUGAAAAUCGAGGAUUGUACCUUUCAGUUCAUCUUGCUGAUCAUUCUGUACACGAGAUGAAGCCAGAGGAUAUUGGUAUCGUUGGGUUUAGAGGUGAUCCAGAUAAGCUACCCUUCAUGGUUGGUUACUUUAAAAGUUCUGGCAUUAGAGAAUCGAAAGUAAGACAAAAACGUGAUGCCAAGAGAAAAAAGAAAAGCGAAACGUCAACCUUAGAUUAUCGAAAUAAUCCUUACACCGAUGUUGGCGUGCAAUACAACUCGAGAACUUGCAAGAUCCAAACACUCUACGUCAGCUUCAGGGAUCUUCAGUGGCAGGACUGGAUCAUAGCACCGGAUGGAUACGACGCAUAUUAUUGCAGCGGUGAAUGCAAUUUUCCCUUGAACGCUCAUAUGAACGCUACCAAUCAUGCAAUCGUACAGACAUUGGUGCAUCUCGUGAAUCCUGGUAAAGUGCCAAAGCCCUGUUGUGCGCCAACAAAACUUUCUGCCAUUUCAGUCUUAUAUUUUCUUGAUGAGAGUAACGUUAUUUUGAAAAAGUAUAAGAAUAUGGUCGUAAAAAGCUGCGGCUGUCAUUGAUCAUUUCAACUAAAUAAUUGAAAGAUAUAUUCUUUCAAUAGCUGGCGGAGCGCGCUCGCCAUUCGGUUUCAUAAUCGUUUAGUAUAGCGACAACGUAUUCGUGACUCGACUAUCCAUAGAGCAAAAGUUAGUGACAAAAAAUGAAACCCUAUUGAAAAAGUAAUAAGACUUUAUAUAAACUUCGGUUAUAGGUAUUUUGUCGAAUAAAACUAUUUCUUUUUCUUUUCUUCUUCCGAAAAUGUACAUUUAUUUACAUAUGUACGAGAAAAUAUCAAUGCAAUUAUUCCAUGUAAUUAGACUUAUUUAUGUUUUUUAGUAUAUCACGCAUUCGAACGAUCACGACACAUUGUAUGUAUUUAAGAAUAUUUUUAUCAAUUAUAUCUAUACCAUAAAGUUAUUUAGUAUAAGACAUUCUAUUUUCUAAUGACAAUUGUUUUACAAUCAGAAAACGAAAAAUGGAUAAUUUAUUAU